GUGUCUCGAAAUCCGAAAUCUGUAUAAAAACCACCGGCCAGCAUCCCAAAAGGUAUCAGUCUCGCAGAGUUUUCCGUUCGCUUAUCAUCUAGUCUGUUACGCUUCUUUAGGCUUGAAAAUGUACAAGAAACUGUUCAUCGCCUCAUUGGUGCUAGCCGUGGCCGUGGCUGCUCCACCAAAGAAGCCCUCAGAGACCCGUACAUCCCGAGGUGCUGCCACGGGUCCUGGCGCCAGCGGAGCGGAUGCCACCGCCACCAUCGAGGCCCAAGAUCAGAUCAUCAACGGUGACGGUAGCUACGCGUACAACUUCGAAACCAGCAACGGAAUCCGGGCCUACCAGCGCAGCGACAAUGGCAUCAACGCCAACGGGGAAUUCUCCUACGUCGCUCCGGACGGUGCCGAGUACCGUGUGACGUACGUGGCCGAUGAGAACGGUUUCCAGCCACAGGGUGCCCAUCUGCCAGUGGAGCCCCCAGCACCGGAACAUGUAAUCAAGAUGCUGGAGGAUCUGCGUGCCGCCAACAAUCCAGACUUUGACAUCGCCAGUCUGGACGCUACCAUUGCCCGGUUGAGGGCUACUCAGGGCUAAAGUCGCUGCUAGGAGCACACCAAUGGCUGUGCGAUGAUACGUUGUUCCACCUGGAUGGGGAAUUUUGUACAUAUUUCAAAACACAAGAUACAGGAUGAUUAGUGCAAUACGUGUAGUUUGUAAGUGUGUAAAUAAAUUUAAAU